GCCACUCUGGCGACCACAGAGAAGAGUGUGUACGUGGUGGGGGCUUCCUCGGCGGCGGGCAUGGAGGCUUCGCGCUGCCGGCUCGGUCCCAGCGGCGACAGUGUUUUCCAUGAAGAAAUGAUGAAGAUGCGACAGGCUAAACUGGAUUAUCAGCGGCUACUACUUGAGAAGAGGCAGAGGAAAAAGCGCCUUGAGCCAUUUAUGGUGCAGCCCAAUCCAGAAGCCAGGCUACGGCGGGCGAAGCCGAGGGCCAGUGAUGAGCAGACUCCCUUGGUGAACCGUCACACUCCCCACAGCAAUGUCAUCUUCCAUGGUAUUGAUGGUCCAGCUGCUGUCCUGAAACCAGAUGAAGUGCACACUCCAUCAGUAAGCCCCCCUGCUUUGGAAGAAGAUGCUGAAAACACCGUGGAUACUGCUUCCAAGCCAGGACUUCAGGAGAGCCUCCAAAAGCAUGGUAUCUCUGAAAGUGUGAACUUCGAUGAGGAGACUGAUGGAAGAUCCCAGUCAGCAUGUUUAGAAAGACCAAAUUCUGCAUCCAGCCAGAAUUCAACUGAUACAGGCACUUCCUGUUCUGCUACUGCAGCCCAACCAGCUGAUAACCUCCUGGGAGACAUAGACGACCUGGAGGACUUUGUGUAUAGUCCUGCCCCUCAAGGUGUCACAGUAAGAUGUCGGAUAAUCCGGGAUAAAAAGGGAAUGGAUCGGGGCCUCUUCCCCACCUACUAUAUGUACUUGGAAAAAGAAGAAAAUCAGAAGAUAUUUCUUCUUGCAGCUAGAAAGCGGAAAAAGAGCAAAACAGCCAACUACCUUAUCUCCAAUGAUCCAGUUGAUUUAUCGCGUGAAGGAGAAAGUUAUGUCGGCAAGCUUAGAUCCAACCUCAUGGGGACCAAGUUUACAGUUUACGACCAUGGUAUCUGCCCCAUCAAGGGCCGGGGUCUGGUAGGAGCGGCCCACACCCGGCAGGAGCUGGCUGCCAUCUCCUAUGAGACGAAUGUACUUGGAUUUAAAGGUCCUAGGAAAAUGUCUGUAAUCAUUCCUGGAAUGACACUGAAUCAUAAGCAGAUCCCAUAUCAGCCACGAAACAACCAUGACAGUUUGCUCUCAAGGUGGCAGAACAAAACUAUGGAAAAUCUGAUUGAACUGCACAACAAGGCCCCCGUCUGGAACAGUGACACCCAGUCCUAUGUCCUCAACUUUCGUGGCCGGGUCACUCAGGCAUCAGUGAAGAACUUCCAGAUAGUCCACAAAAAUGAUCCUGACUAUAUAGUCAUGCAGUUUGGACGUGUGGCAGAUGACGUGUUCACACUGGACUAUAACUACCCACUUUGCGCAGUUCAGGCCUUUGGCAUCGGUCUUUCUAGCUUUGACAGUAAGCUGGCAUGUGAAUGACAGAACAAUCAGGCAGGGAGCCUUUCUCCCCACAGAGCUUUCAGGAGCGGACAGUGGCCUCCCCUUCCCCUCCCUGCCCCAAGACUUGAAGAGCAAUAGUUUGCCCCUUUUGGAAUGAUCCCUGAAUUUAUAAAACACACAUACACCCCAUGCACUCUACUCCUUUUCCAGGUUUCAUAGACUUGGUGAGGGAUCACAGCUUAGCAUGGUUGAGAGAUGAUUUAAAGCACAGUCAUGUUCUUGUCACGUAUCGUCUCCUGAAGCUAGAGUGGGAUUUCCUGUGCUUGGAAACUUGCAGUAGAAUCAGGGACUGACAUUGCAGUUCCUCUCCUCUCUUCAUUCCCUCACAGCAGAUUGGCCAGCACCAAUCUUAGUCAGAGUGGUUGUGAUCACAUUUGUGAUCAAUUAUGUGAGAAUUGUAUAUAAUUGUCUUCAUUUCAAUUAAGGCUGAAAGCAUAAACUCUAGAGGUGACUCAGUCAAGACUGACAGUAAUUUGAUAAUUGCCUUCAUUUUCAACCCAGGAGUGCCUCCCACAGCUAUAUCACUACGGAUCCACUAGUGUGGAGCGACACACACACCUGCAGGCAUCCGGUGCAAACAUUUUGUCAUUAUCAAGAGAGUUGGCAGUAUUGACCAUUUAGUUUAGUAUUAAAAAAAAAAAAAAAAAGUGGCAGGAGAGGCUUUGGGGAGGAUCAGCCAGCAGACAUGAGCACUGCUGGCCCGUGUGGCAGAGCUUUGGACUUUGUUCGCGGCUCCCCCAACCCAGGUUCAUAGGCAUAGAAGGUGUUUUGCUACAUUUUUUGGAUUAUUACACCCCUCCACGUAUUAUGUGACUCUUACACCAGUUCAUCCCUCCCAGAAUGUAUCCAAACCUUGAGAAUACAGGAGCUCUGUGAGCUCCACUGUCAGCACCGCUGAGCUGCACCCCUUGUGCACAGAACCGUUUGCCAGCACUGGGUGGGACAUCCAUGGCGGCUGCUCCGUCAGACUUCCCUUCUGCAGACAAACCUCUCGCCCUGCCUGUUGUUCCUGCACCACAUCAGACAAGCAUGUGAAGGAGAGCCAGCUGGGAGCUGCAGGACCCUUGGCUUGUCCCACCUGCGACAAGUCCCACCUUCUUGGUGAGGACGAGACUGUUUACAUCUCAGGCAUGUUUCCCACCAAGUGCCUCCCUCACAGCCGUGCCCAGAAGCCUCACACCUCGUCACCACCACCACCCCCACCCCAUCCUGAGGCACUGCCUGGCAGAUUACCCUGGUUGACCGCAGAAGCUAUUAAUACACGACAGCAUCUGGGGAAGGACUUAUGGUGGGCCAGGUGGACCUCAUCCUGCUGCCUCCUCCUCCCUCUGGUUUAAAGAGAUAUAUAAACUAAUUUCACAUAAUUUGUGUGUGCAGGUGAUUGGUUUUUACAUAAGUCCUAUUUAUACCUUUUAUAUGUUAUAGAAAUAAAAGUUAAUUUAUAUAAAAA